AUUCCGAUUAGAUUUAUUAAAAGAGACAGCAAAAAGAAAACAACAGUAAAGGAGAUAAAUGGAAAAACAGUGCAAAGAGGAUUGCAGGGUGCUGCUGUGCAGAUGUCACUAAAAUGGCAACAUGGGCAUAAGUCAGGCAUUAAGAAUGGCCAACUUCUGAAGGGUUCCUGCAUGUUGGGUGUGGUGAGAAAGACAAACGGGACCAGCAGGUAGCUGAAUUUACCUCUCAGGGCCUUAAUCCUCCACAGUUUGAGUGAGAAAGGCAGAAGAAAUUGAAUUUUACAGUUGUUACUGUGGCAGCGGGAACCUGCCGCUGCUCUUUCCACAAAUCAUAAAGUAUUCAGUUGUCUCUCCUCUAGUGUUUGUUGCUUUGUAUCCCUGAGUAGGUUUAGCCUAAAAGCUUUGCUGUUUUUCAUAGAAUACAGCAAAGGCCCUCCUCUGUCACAGUACUAGCUCCCUAUUCUUAGUGAUGGCUGACAUCACCAACAAUAGAUGCUCUUAAAAUCUUAAGUACAAUUUUAUUGUGCUAGCUAGUCCAAGUGACAUUUUCUGUUGAUCAGAUCCUCCAGCUAUGUGCUACACAAGGUUUUUUGAUACAGCUUUCAUUACCUUACCAAGCAGCAGGACGGUUACUCAUUAAGAAUCACAACAAAACUUGUCAAAGAUGGUUAUAUGGAAAUGCUCUAUAUAUGAUUUGUCCAGAAUUUGUGACAAAAAGGAAGAAUCCCUAUGUAAAAAGUGGGAAUGGGCAAAUAUAUCUGCAUUGUUUACAGCUUUUGUGGCUGCAGUCUGUGAAAACAAUCUAAAAAAGCAAAAUGCUAACAAAAUAAAAGGCAGAAUCAGGCUUCUUGCAAUUGGUAAUAUUUAGUUAUUUGUUUAGUAAUUAAUGCUUUUAGUUGGAAAAAAUGCAAACAUUAGAAAGAUUGAUAAUAUUAUCCUAAAUAAUUACCAAUGAAAUUAUAAGUACUUACAAUGGCAGUUUAUCAUGUAUUUCGAAAUGUGUAGCACAUCCUUCUAGAGUCCUACGGAGCAGACAGAAACAAAGAGAAGGAAAGCUCCUCAGCCAUCGGUCUCACUGUCUAGACAUCACAUUUUGAGCUAAUUGAAGAUGUCAAACUGAUUUAAAACUUCUAUUAUACGGAUCAAAAACUUACUGUCCCUAUUUGGAACCCGAUAUGAACAAGGGCCGGAACAAUGAGCUGAUUACGGUGUGAUGCAUCCAUGUAAACUAUAAAAGAAAAAAUGUAUUUGAGUGUGCAUUUAUUUAUCAUUUGUUUUAUUGUGCACUUCACAAAGUGCUUUCAUUUUUCCACAGUAAUGAAAGAUUGAAAAUUUUUUUGGGGCUCGUUUAUCUACUGUACAGUACGUGGUCCAACAAAGGCUACAUGUCCUCUUAUUAUGUGUAUGCGUGCCCAUUUGUGACUGGUGUUUGACUAGGAAUAAUUUAGUCUGUCUUGGCCGGUCAGGUGACUUCUGUAUGAGCCAGUUCUGAGGAGGCCAGUUACUGUAAACUACAUUUUUCCGUGCAAGCUGAGAGCUAAGUAACAAAUAUUUAAAUUUCAACUACUUGGUGUAAAUACAGAACAAUGAUAGUGUUUCAGUAGUAGUUACAGUGUUUCCCAAGGAAGCCCACUGUGUAUACCGCAAACAUGAAUGAUUGAUAUGGGAGGAUUAAACUAAGAAGUACAAAACACACAUUAUAUUUUGAGUAUUAUAUAUAUAUAUAGGCGGAGACUAUACCCGGUUCCCGGUUCGAAUCCCCCGUUAGGGCGAAUAGGCAUCCAGUGUGGGUCCUUGGCAAGACCCUUCAAGCUACCGCCUACCUCAUAUCAUGAGAGACAAUGAACCACAUGAGAUACCGGCUCAGACGUCGCCCGGUCUAACAAGGUCUGCGUCAGGUGUUGGGGAACCAGAGCACCUUGGCGAGAAGUGGGCUACUGGAACAAGAAAGAAAUGACUGAGAUGCGAGAACAAGGCUCUGUUGGAAUGCUACUACUCAAGUAACCCUAGUCAGAGGGGCUACAUGCAAAGAAUGUGCGGUGAAUGGGAACGGAGAAACCCACAUUCAAGGCUGACGGCGAAGCAACUAGUAGCUCAGUGUUCCAACAUCCACAAACGGCAACUGCUAUCACAACUUGAGAUUGACGAGAUACAACACAAAUGCUACGGCAAGGGGGAGCCAGGACGCCAGGUCAGAGGGGAGGUUUCACCAUCUCCCCAACCGGAAAUUGGGUACGAAGCCCCAAUAAGCACAGAUACGCUGAGCGAGGCAGCGACUGACCUGAAAGAUAAGAUCAUGGCGAGAUUGAACAGGCAACCCCGAACCCCACUACAACGGCUAAGUGAAGUACCAUCAGAAAGUCUCAUGGAAGAUGUGAAUGCAGCAUUGAGAGCGAUCCCUACCACAACAAUCACAGAAACCAAUGAGCUGAUAUACGCUUUAGCAUCAGUGAUCCUAGAGCCUAGAUCCUAUAAGAGCAACCAUGGGAGCCAUGAGAAACAAUACCCACCAUGGAAACGAAGGUUGGAGGCAAAAAUCAAGGCAGCUCGGAGGGAAGUGAGCCAAAUGACAGAGGCCCAGAGAGGUGCAAUGAAAAGACCAAUGCCUAAGAGGUACAGCCAGAUGACCAUACCUGAAGCACUCGAAACUGCCAAGCAAAGGCUACAAGCCUCGGCCAGCCGCCUAAAGAGAUACACCAGAGAUAACGAAGCCAGACGAAUAAACCGGUUGUUCGCAACACAACCUGCGAAAGUGUACUCUCAAUGGCAGGGUAAUAACAACAGAGCAGACCCACCAAGGCUGGAAACUGAACAGUACUGGAAGGGUAUAUGGGAAAGGGAGGCAUCACACAACAGUGAUGCACAGUGGCUGGUGGAUCUGAGGGAAGACCACAGCAACCUCCCUGAACAGAAUCCAGUGACUAUCACAGUGGCAGACAUCCAACAUAGAGUCUCAGGUAUGAAAAACUGGACAGCACCUGGCCCUGACAUGAUCCACGCCUACUGGCUAAAGAAGCUCACUGCAAUCCAUGAGCGCCUGGCAGCACAAAUGAACCAGCUGCUAAGGAUGGGACUCACCCUGAAUGGCUAACCGAAGGGCGAACGAUCCUGAUAAUGAAGGAUCCCUCAAAGGGCACAGUCCCAUCCAACUACCGGCCAAUAACCUGUCUCUCCACAACAUGGAAGCUCAUGUCAGGCAUCAUCGCAGCUAAGAUAAGUGGGCACAUGAGUCAAUACAUGAGCGAAGCACAGAAGGGCAUUGGUAAAGAUACCAGAGGAGCCAAACACCAACUCCUGGUAGACAGAACAGUCGCCCAAGACUGCAGAAUUGCGACACACCAACCUGUGCACAGCCUGGAUUGACUACAAGAAAGCCUAUGACUCAAUGCCACACACAUGGAUCACUGAAUGCUUGGAGCUGUACAACAUCAACAGAACUCUAAGGGCCUUCAUUGCAAACUCGAUGAGGUUGUGGAGAACCACCCUUGAAGCCAAUGGGAAGCCACUUGCCCAAGUAUCCAUCAAAUGUGGCAUAUACCAAGGAGAUGCACUGUCCCCACUGCUGUUCUGCAUAGGUCUG